GCGGCGGCGGCGGCCGCGGAGCGCGGCGGGACCCGGGUGGCCGCUGCCCGCCGGGGGGCUCCGCGCCAUGGGGCGGCGGGGCCGGGCCCGGGGGGGCUGACACGGAGCAGGAGGGGACGGGGCAGGACGGGACGGAGAACCCCGGAGCCUGGGGGCAGGGCCCGUCCCUGAGGAGCGCGGCGGGGCGAGAGAAUGAAGAAGCCGGCCGGGCGGCAGCAGCAUGGGGCGGCAGGACCUGCGGCGCGCUGACGGGCCCCCGCCGAUGCUCCCGUGGCCACUGGCCCUGCUGGCCCUGAGCGCGUGCUGCCGCUGCGGGGCGGGCGGCGUGGUGCCCGAGCAGCAUGCUGCCGGCGCCGCGUCCCCUUCGUCCCCAUCCUCGCCUGGCCGAGCACCCCUCGACUGGCUCCUCACCGACCGGGGUCCCUUCUACCGAGCCCAGGAGUACGUGGACUUCACGGAGCGCUACCGGCAGGGUUUCACCACCAGGUACAGGAUCUACAGGGAGUUCGCCCGCUGGAAGGUGAACAACCUGGCCCUGGAGAGGAAGGACUUCUUCAGCUUGCCACUGCCCCUUGCCCCCGAAUUCAUCCGCAACAUCCGCCUGCUGGGGCGCAGGCCCAGCCUGCAGCAGGUCACCGACAGCAUCAUCAAGAAGUACGGCACGCACUUCUUGCUCGCCGCCACGCUGGGAGGAGAGGAGUCGCUGACCAUUUUUGUGGACAAGCGCAAGCUAAGCCGCAGGGCAGAGCCGGCGGGGGCCGGGAACAGCUCGGCGGUGUCGCUGGAGACGCUGCACCAGCUGGCGGCCUCCUACUUCAUCGACCGGGAGAGCACGCUGCGCCGGCUGCACCACAUCCAGAUCGCCACCGCCGCCAUCAAGGUGACAGAGACGCGGACGGGGCCACUCGGCUGCAGCAACUACGACAACCUGGACUCGGUGAGCUCGGUGCUGGUGCAGAGCCCGGAGAACAAGGUGCAGCUGCAAGGGCUGCAGACAGUGCUCCCCCCGCACCUGCGGGAGCGUUUCGUGGCGGCUGCCCUGAGCUACAUCGCCUGCGGCUCGGCCGGGGAGCUGCUGUGCCGCCGGAGCGACUGCCGCUGCCAGUGCCAGCCCGCCUUCCCCCACUGCAACUGCCCCGAGGCCGACGUGCAGGCGCUGGAAGGCAGCCUGGCCCAGCUCCAGCACGCCUGGGAGAGCCAUCACGGCCAGUUCGAGGAGUCAGAGGAGUUCCAGGCCCUGGUGAAGAGGCUCCCAGGGGACCGUUUCCUCAACAGGACGGCCAUCUCCCACUUCUGGGCCAUGGACCUGGACGUCCAGCACCGCUACCAGCAGCUGGGCACCAGCCUGAAGCUGCUCUCCAGGAAAACCCACCGCAUCAUCCGCAGGCUCUUCAACCUCAGCAAACGCUGCCACCGGCAGCCUCGCUUCAAACUGCCCAAGGAGAGGUCGCUUCCUUACUGGUGGAGCCGCGCGCAGUCGCUCCUCUACUGCAGCGAGACCGCCGUGCCUGGGACCUUCCUGGAGGAAAGCCACAGCUGCACGUGCCCCUCGGAGCAGCCCUCCUGCCAGGGGCCCAUUCCGUGUGCCUUGGGCGAGGGGCCAGCCUGCGCCAGCUGCGCCGAGGACAACAGCACCCGCUGCGGGGCUUGCAACCAGGGCUACGUGCUGGCCCAGGGCUCGUGCCGCCCCGAGGUGGCUGACUCGCUGGAGCACUACCUGGGGCUGGAGACAGACCUGCAGGACUUGGAGCUCAAGUACCUCCUGCAGAAGCGGGACAGCCGCAUCGAGGUGCACUCCAUCUUCAUCAGCAACGACAUGCGCCUGGGCAGCUGGUUCGACCCCUCCUGGAGGAAGCGCAUGCUCCUGACCCUGAAGAGCAACAAGUAUAAGCCCGGGCUGGUGCACAUCAUGCUGGCCCUCUCCCUGCAGAUCUGCCUCACCAAGAACAGCACGCUGGAGCCCGUCAUGGCCAUCUACGUCAACCCCUUCGGGGGGAGCCACUCGGAGAGCUGGUUCAUGCCCGUCAAUGAGGGCAGCUUCCCAGACUGGGAAAGGACUAACGUGGAUGCCUCUGCCCAGUGCCAAAACUGGACGCUCACCUUGGGCAACAAGUGGAAGACCUUCUUUGAGACGGUCCACGUCUACCUGCGGAGCCGCAUCAAGUCUCUGGACGACACCUCCAACGAGACGAUCUACUACGAGCCCUUGGAGAUGGCCGACCCCUCCAAAAACCUGGGGUACAUGAAAAUCAACAGCCUGCAGGUCUUCGGCUACAGCCUGCCCUUCGAGCCGGACGCCAUACGUGACCUGAUCCUGCAGCUGGACUACCCCUACACGCAGGGCUCCCAGGACUCGGCCAUGCUGCAGCUGGUGGAGAUCAGGGACCGGGUGAACAGGCUGUCGCCCCCCGGCAAAACCCGCCUCGACCUCUUCACCUGCCUGCUGCGCCACCGGCUCAAGCUGGCCAACAACGAGGUGGCCAGGAUCCAGUCCUCCCUGCGGGCCUUCAGCGCCAAGCUGCCCAACACGGUGGAGCAGGAGACGGGCAAGCUGUGCAGCUAACGGCCAGGGCUGCUCAGACGGCAGAGCAACGGGGACAGGAGAGAGGAAAAACACCCCCAACAGAUUAAAUCAAGGCCUUACCUUAGUGCCAAGCGCGUGCUUCCACGGUACACCCAGCCACCGGCCGAAGGGACGCAGGGCUCAAGCGGAGGAAGGCAGCAGGGCCUUGGGUGCAGGAUGACUCUGGUGGGAUCCCAGCAUGGGGACAUUGCUUCUGCUCGAGCACACCACUCUGGUGGCCAAGGGGAUGUGCUGCUGGCUGGGGGACACAGCUCAGCUGGAGGCAGCUGCUGGCCCCACCACAGCAAACCCUCCAAGACCCCAACCCGGUGCACACCAUUGGUUCCUGUAGCAACAAUCUCCAUGCUGCCCCAGCUUCGUAGGCUUUUUAAAAUGUCUUUCAGCCGAUGCUCUCACAUCCCAGCCGUCCUACGGCCGUGUCCUCGCACGUGGCACAGGGGGAACCAAGAUGUGAUGGGCAGAGCCGAGGCACCACCACCCCGUACGCAGGCAGGGACCUGGCGUCUGCCCUGCGGACACUGCUGUUGUGGACACCGGCAGCGACCUCUGGGACGCUUCUCCUUACAGCAAAACAAGAGCAAGAGAAGGAAAGAGAAAGAAAAAAAAAAAUGUUUUAUUUAUGUAUUUAUUUAUUUGGUUGGUUUGGGAGGGAGUUUUUUAAGCCUAUUUAUCUGGGGAGGGUUAUUUCUUGUCGGUGGCUCCAGCCAAGGGACAUCUUAGUAAAAUGUAUCUGUUUAAUAUAUUUUUUAAAAAAAUGCCUUUUUUUGAGCAAAAGAGCAACCAAAAACAACUGAGGAAAAAAAAAAAAAAAAAAAAAAAAAAAAAAAA